GAAUCCAGCUUAGUCGUGUUCCAGUAACGCUUCCGCGCACAACAAAUUCUGAUUCCCAAUUCAAAUCCCAACCAGAAAGGACGCAGCCAGUCGUCCCGCAAAAAACGCAAUCAGAUAAAUAAAUAGAAAACAGAAAAAAUCAAUCAGUAUGUCCGCUAGGAUCCUGGAGGACUCGCCCAAUGCGCGCAUCAACAAGACGAUCCUCGAUCGCUACCUUUCGCUGCCGCUCGAGGACAACGUCGUCCAGGCCACCUACGUGUGGAUCGAUGGAACCGGUGAGGACCUGCGCUGCAAGGAUCGCACCCUCGACUUCAUCCCCCAGAGCCCCAAGGAGCUGCCCGUUUGGAACUACGAUGGAAGCUCGUGCUACCAGGCCGAGGGAUCGAACUCGGACACCUACCUGUACCCGGUGGCCAUCUACAAGGACCCCUUCCGCCGCGGCAACAACAUCCUGGUGAUGUGCGACACCUACAAGUUCGACGGCACCCCCACGGACACCAACAAGCGCAAGACCUGCCUCGAGGUGGCCAACAAGUGCGUCGGCGAGGAGCCCUGGUUCGGCAUCGAGCAGGAGUACACCUUCCUGGACUUCGAUGGCCAUCCACUCGGCUGGCCCAAGAACGGCUUCCCCGGACCCCAGGGACCCUACUACUGCGGCGUUGGUGCCAAUAAGGUCUACGCCCGCGACAUUGUGGAUGCCCACUACCGUGCCUGUCUGUACGCCGGAAUCAAGGUGUCCGGUACCAAUGCCGAGGUGAUGCCCGCCCAGUGGGAAUUCCAGGUGGGACCCUGCGUGGGAAUCUCCAUCGGCGAUGAUCUCUGGAUGGCCCGUUUCCUCUUGCACCGCAUUUCCGAGGAGUUUGGCAUUGUGUCCACUCUGGAUCCCAAGCCGAUGCCCGGCGAUUGGAACGGCGCCGGUGCCCACACCAAUGUGUCCACGAAGGCGAUGCGCGAGGAUGGCGGCAUCCGGGACAUCGAGAAGGCGGUGGCCAAGCUGUCCAAGUGCCACGAGCGUCACAUCCGCGCCUACGAUCCCAAGCAGGGCCAGGACAAUGCCCGUCGUCUGACCGGCAAGCACGAGACGAGCUCGAUCAACGACUUCAGUGCCGGCGUGGCCAAUCGCGGCUGCAGCAUACGCAUUCCGCGCGGCGUCAAUGACGAUGGCAAGGGCUACUUCGAGGAUCGCCGCCCCAGCUCCAACUGCGAUCCCUACUCGGUGGUGGAGGCCAUCUUGCGCACCAUCUGCCUGGAUGAAUAGGAUGGAAUCGGAUGGAUGGCUUCAUCCAUUUGCAGUUGUUAUCGAUUUAUAGAUGUUGUUGUUAAACCACCUUUGAUCCACUGAUCCACUGACCCACGAAACACCCCGAAAACACCGAACGCGAAGUUAUAUACAUACCGUAGGCUUAGUUUUUACCUAACGUAUUUUUUGAAAAGAACCCAGAACUAGAACCCUAAGGCAGCCCCCUUCUUGCUGAUAUUUCCCCAAGUUUUUUUUCUUUUUUUUUGUAGCUGCUGUUAUUUAGGUUUUAGUAUGAGUUUUUUUUUUGGACCAGAAGAUGAGAUCAUGAGGAGCAAGAACCCAAAAAAGACAUCCCCACCACCCCCACAAGAAAAAAAAGAAAAGCAUAAAACAUAAAGCUCUAGUAUCAAACACUCCCCUGAGAAAACCCUAUAAAAGACCCUAGCCCCUACUUGUUAAUGAUAUUAAAUAAUUAACUUUAAUCCUAAACUACAUACAUAUACUCUCUAGUUAAGUAAAUGCACUAAAAAAUAAAAAAAAAUACAACAAA